CACUCGAGAAAAUAACGAGGGGUAGCCAUGGACCAUGUGGCUUCUCAGGUUGGGGUAAUCAACGCGAUGCGUACGGGCAACGUCGUGCUGGACAUGAUGAUCGCCAUGUCCAUCCCACUCGUCCUGCAGGGCCUUUACAAGUUCUGGGAAUGGCUGAGACCGCUCAUCGAGGAGUUUUUGUUCAGCCUCCGAGCGAGAGACGAGCACUUCUCUCGCACCAUCGAAUACGAAAAAGUGUCGAACAUUUGGGGAUAUGAGGAUGAGGGCGUAGAGGGGCAUCGGAACAACAUUCUCCAGAAGGCUGUCUCGCUCUACAUUGGCCAGCUGGGUCUCAAGUACGGCCACGCAAUGGUGGUGCUGGGCUCGGUGAAGGAGAAGGGAAAGCGAGACGAGGACUCGUACGACAUGGUGUACGGAGGAACGGCGGAGCAGCUCAAGGCGUACAGGGUAGGAGUCACACCUCCUCAAAACAACUGGGUGGAGGUGGAAGACGCGGUCUAUUUCCAACAGGUGACGGGGGUGCAGGAGGAGGGUGGCUCGGACAAGAAGAACUCGAGCACCAAGGACGUGAAGAAGAAGACGACGUACCACUUCAGGUGUUCCGAGAGGGACGGCGACGAACGCAUCGACGAGUUCGUUCAAAAGGCAUUCCGGUGGUACUGCGAGGAGAUGAAGUCCACGGAAGACCAAGGCCGAUACCUUUACACGCUUAUCGCGAACGAGGAGUUUGCGUCAUCGGCUGGGAAGGACAAAGGGGAAGGACCCGUCAGAAAGUACAAGCGCUACCGCCUGAGCGACGGCAAGGACUUUGACAGCCUUUUCUUCCCGGAGAAGGACGCGCUGUUGAGGAUCCUUCAGCACUUCGAGGAUAAGAGUGGCAAGUACGCCAUCAAGGGCUACCCUCACAAGCUGGGGUUGCUUUUGCACGGCCCCCCCGGGACCGGGAAGACGUCGAUGAUCAAGGCGUUGGCUUGCCACACCGGACGCAACGUCGUCAACGUGCCGCUCGGCCGGAUCAAAACCAACCAGGAGCUGAUGGACAUCGUGUUCGACCAAAGGUUUGCCGUCGUGGGCGAAGAGCUCCCGGUCACCUUGGGUUUCGAGAACGUGAUUUUCGUCAUGGAAGACGUAGAUGCCGCUUCUCCCAUCGUGAAGUCCAGGGAGCGUUCCAAGCGGAAGAAGCGGGGAACCAAGACCACGGUCAAGGUUACGCAGCAGGUGACUACACCGCACCCGGUCACCACGAAGAAGCCCGUCAAGGCUCCUGCUGCUGCUGCAGCUGCUGCUGCUGCUGCUGCUGCUGCUGAAGGCCCAACGACAGCCGAGCCCAAGAGCUCAACGUCGGAGACACCAGGGGAUGAAAAGAACCCUGCAGCUGUUGCUGCUGACGCGACUGCCACACCUGCCGCCAACACGCUGGCGUUGUCGCGGCCUGUGAUGCUCCAGAGGUCCGUCUCUCAGCCAACUGAACGCGAGAAGAACAGCAUGGCCACUUCGACCCGCAAGGUCACGCUGUUCGAGCGGUGCACCACCACGACGAUGGAGAGCUUGCACAGCAGCUCAAGCAACGAGGACAUCGUUGGCGACCACCCUUCGAAAGCAGCGGGCGCCUGCCCUGGCAGCAACAAGAGUGGCGGUGCGCGAAAGGAAGACGAUGGAGACAGGGAAGCGGCUUGCGACAGCGACAGCUCUUCUUGCAGCGGCUCGUCGUCUUCGGGCGAUUCUAGCGACGACAGGGGCGUGUGCGGGCCUCUUCGACAAACGGGCGGUGACAGUGACGACGAGGACGAGGCGAUGAUGCUGGCCCUGGCCAGGAGCCUCGGGGAUGACUCGAAGAAGAAGACCAAGCCGAAGAAGAGCAAGGCGAAGAGCAAGUUUGCCAGCAAGUCCGACAAGCUCGACCUCGCGGGCCUCCUGAACGUACUCGACGGCGUGGUCGACACCCCCGGAAGGAUCGUCAUCAUGACCACCAACCACCCGGAAACUCUGGAUGCCGCUCUCAUCCGGCCCGGCCGCAUCGACAAGAAGAUCUACCUCGGCUACAUGAAGUACCCGGCCGCGCUAGAAAUGACUCUCCACUACUUCCAGGUGGACAAGCUGGAGCCCGAGCAGGACAGGCGUCUCCGCGAGAUCUUCAAGAACUACCCGGAACCGGCGAAAACGCGGGGGAGUUCCCGUUGUGGCGGCGGCAGCGGCAGAGUUGCCGGCGGCGGGGACGGGGGGCGGUUCACUCCCGCCAUGGUGGAGCAGGAGGCGAGCGAGCACGAGAGCGUCGAUGGCUUCAUCGCGGCUCUCGAGGCUCGCGUGUCGACGAAGCGUCCCUUCUGAUCUCGUAGCGUGUAUACUCUCCGUAUCCGUGAAGCUCAUUCUGCUCCAUCUCACUGAUGGUUUACUCUGUUUUUCUCUCGGACACCAUGUUCAUCCGAAGAUCAGAGAGAUACACCUUUGUCUGGUUGUAUGCGUCUGGCGGAAGGAGGUACGACUGUCUCAAUGGAGUGGAUGGGAUUGUUGUGGAUGAGAUAAAGGUGCCUCGACCGUGGGAAUCCGCUCAGGUAACAAACACCACGGAAGAGCCUCACGAAUAGAAGGGGGUGUAAGGAAACGUUCAGCUACUUGUGUGUGUACCCGGCAGGAGAUUUCGACCUUGACUCCGAUUCUGUGCAUUUUUUACAUUCUGCCCCGCUAAAUAGGUGGAGAGGCAAGCGGGCGGACAUGUGAAAGCAGAGUCGGGUGUUGCAACCGGCAAGGAGGCUUGUGUUUCACUUUGGUUUUUGUGUAAUGAAAACUGUUAAUUGUUUCUAUUUGCUGUUGUUGUUAAUUGCUGCUGCUGUUUCUGUUAUGUUCUGUGAAUGUUUUAUUUACCCGGCUAGGUCCUGGGAUUGCUGCUUGCUUGUGACGUUGGAAGUUCGAUACGACGAACCCUUUGCAUUUUCAUAUCAUAAGCACAACGUUUCACCUUGAUGUAACAGUAGUAUAAUAGCUGGUCAUGGACUCGCGUAAGUGCCAUACUCAACAAAUGCCAUCAUCGCAUUGCACAUGACAAGGGCGUCAAAUAUUUGGGGUCGUUUUAGUUCGUCCUUCUAUUGUAGGCUUUAGCGAACAAUGUUACAGUAGUCCAUUUCGUUUAUUCAUUAGCGUGCCGUGCCGAGUUAGUUGUCCUGCUGUCGUGUUUGAGCAAUACCGUAGUUGGUUGGUGCAUCGUAGUCUGUACCUGGCUUUUAGGGGCCCUUCGACAAAACUGUGAACAUGGAGAAAAGAGAGCCUUGAUAGACUCGGGCGGCUGACAAGCGUCAUUUUGCUUGUCGUCCAGCACAAUGUCCCCCAGUACAAUAAUUUUUGUGUAUUCGUGCAUGGGGUUACAUGCGUCGCCGUCUUUUUCAUUGCUCGACAUCGCUUUGAGGCUACGAAGAUUAGAAUAUUCAUAAACUGACGCAGAUCCUCUUUUGAUAUUGUCCUACCUGUCUCCAAGGUUUGGUGUAGCAGAUAAGCUUUGUCCGUCAUAAUCGGGUUAGUCUAGUUAGGUACGUCUCACCUGUACGGAGAUGUACGGAGAUGGCAAGCUAUAUCUGGGAGAUGGACGUUAGGUAGGGCAGGUAAGCACAGGUUCACGAU